UCGUCUGCCGUACGCGGAUUCAAGCGUCAUAGCGACAAAAACAUCAAGUGCAACAGAACAGAACAGAACAAGUAUGCUACUUAUUUCCAGCACCAGGCUACAGACAGAACUGGGUUUUCUUUGAAAACAUAAAGGACAUUCACCGUGAGCUUGUUAAACGUGUGUCUGGCCGUGAAUCUGAGCGAAGAAGCGCGUAAAGGAGGCGCAGGCCCAGCGAGUGUGUGUGAUGAUGGAGUCAUGGGUGAGAUUCAGCGCGCAGAGUCAAGCUAAAGAGCGCGUGUUCAGGGCGGCCCAGUACGCCUGCACACUGCUGGGCUACACGCUGCAGAGAGGAGGAGCGAGAGCAGAGCUGCUGAACACCAUCAAACAGCUGGAAGCUCACAUGAGCCUGACCAGAAAACUGAUGCGGUUGGGGAACUCGGCUGAAGCGCUGGAAGCAGCCAAACGCAGCGUGCAUCUGUCAGACUGUGUGCUGCGGCUCUGCAUCACAGUGGCCCAUCUCAACAGAGCCAUGUAUUUUGCCUGCGAUAACGUACUGUGGGCCGGCAAAACGGGACUGCUGCCCGAACUGGACCAGAACAAAUGGAGCCAGAGGUCCUUUAGAUACUACUUGUUUGCACUCAUCCUGAAUCUGACCCGAGACGUGUAUGAGAUCCAUCUGCUGAUGGAGAGAGAGUCCCGCAGCAGUGCAGCUAAGAGCGUCGGCUCCAGUCCGUCUCCUCUCACGCCGAGCCCAGAGAUGGGAGGAGAGUUCCCUCUGACCCCCUCGCCCUCCUCAGCGCUGUCUCCUCUCCCCAUGAUCUCCGCCGGACUCAACAAGCAGCUCCAGCUGCUGAUCACGGUGCUGCGCAGCAACCCUCCGCUGCUCCUGGACCUGCUGAAGAACCUGUGUGACGUCUUCAUCCCGCUGGACCGGCUGGGCCUGUACCCCACCGGCUCAGGCUUUGUGGGAGCCUGCGGCCUCACGUCCUCCGUCCUGUCCAUCCUCACUAUAGUUCACCCCUGGCUCAAACUCAAGCCCUGAGUCCCAGGGUGAGAACCCCUGUCCUGCGGCUGUCCUCUCCUGAGCUUGUGUAGAGAGUGGAACGGAGAAUUUUUGCUCCUCGUUCCAGUUUAAUUCACCUGAUCUGAUUAAAAACAGACAAAAGCUCUGUUUAACAGUAAUUUAAGUCUGUAAGCCAAUCUCUUAUUAUUUUGCAUUCUAGGCUCAUUUUGAGGUUAAAAUAUGUGCUUUCUGCAAAUGUAAUUGUGCGAGUCUGAUUGUUUAAUUCAUUGUUUUUUUGAAGUCUGAAAAUGUCCUAGUCUGGCCACAUUUUAAGAUUGUCCUCUCAUGUUACCCCAUAUAAUGCAGUAGUUUUCAGAAUGGGGGAGUUCAAGUGCUUUUGCAGUUCAGCACAGGGCUACUGGUAAACUUACUUUAUAAUCAUAAUUUUCUCCUGAUGGUGAAAAUGUCAGGGUUAAAUUUCACCCUAAAAUCAAUGGAAAAACUGAAAUGUACAACAAAUAUGAGACCUUUAUAAAUAAUUGUAUUUUAGUAAUUAUAAUAUAGCUUUACUAGAUUAAAAAUGUCAAAGCACACACACACACAAACACAAAUAUAUAAUGCUUUUUUUUCUCCAUAAGCUGUAUCUUAAACUAUAGCAUUUUAUUGAACAUAAAGCAUUUUUUUGUGUGUGUGUCAGACUUGCUAAUCAAACGUUAUUGUACUGUUUAGUUCUGAUUAAUGGUCAAUUGAUAUUUUUAAAUCUAAAUCUAUGUUUGAAGCCGUUUCUUGUUUCUCAGUUACUUGAGAUGUGGACUUCUGUAAUGUGUUACCAAAAUAAUUUCAAAACUAGUACUUUACUUUUUUUUGUUGUUGCCAUGAUUAAUAAAUGAUCAACCAAAAAGGUUUUGGGGAAACAAUUAAGUGAUAACGUUAUCAACUGAUAUUUGCUUAAUUGAUCUCAUAACUGAAUCAAAACUACAUCAUUAACAGUGCUAUAAUGCAGUUUUUUUAAUGGGUGUACACAUGAGCUAUAGAGUUUAAUGUAACAACUUAUUGAAAGUUAAUGCUAUGCAUCUCUGGGGUUACUGAAUGGUGACAUGAUGGAGCUGUGAAUCUAACUUAAUAAAUAAUGCCUUGGAUUUGAA